UUCGUCGUAGUACUCGUGGUUGUUCAUCGCGAUCGUCGCGGAUGCCGGUGAAUGGAGGUUAGAUUAGGUUAACUCCUGGUGUUCAAUUUGCGGCCGACGGACACGAUGGAGAAUCAGAACUUACCGCCUAUCAAGAGCAACAAUCCCGCUCCCACGGUGGAGCAGAUCAACGCGGACAGGAUCACCCAGCUCGCGAAUAAAUACUGGGCCCCGCACACGACGAACAAGCAUCUGCCGUUCGAUCCCCAGGUGGUGGACGACAUUUACGUGCAGGAGAUAUGCGCGUCCAAGUUCUCCGUCCGGCGGAUCAUGAUGCUGGAGUUCAGCCAGUACCUGGAGAACUUCCUCUGGCCGAACUACAGCGCGGAGAGCGCCACGCGGGCGCACACCAUGUCCAUCGUCGUCAUGGUGAACGAGAAGUUCCGGGAGCGGGUGCAGGUCUGGGAGGCGUUCGAGAAGAAUCCGACGCAGUUCGCCGGCUUCUUCCAGAAGGUCCUCGAGGCGUGCCUGGAGGAGUGUAUAAUGGACUUCAAUCUGAAGGAGCAGACGGCGUUGAUAGUGUUCCUGAAUCACUGCUUCAACUCCAUGGAGGUGUCCCUGGUGCGGGAGGAGGCCAAGAGGCUGGUGUCCCUGUCCAUGUGGAUCUCCCUGCAGCAGGGCAGGCGGGAGCUCGAGUUUAGAAAGUAUCCGAAAUGGCGGAAGUAUUGGAAGAUCAUAAGGAAGAAGGACAGGCCCGAUCAUAGGGAGAAACACGAGUGGGAACGCAAGUUCUUGCACAAGCUCAUGAUAAAAUUCAUGACGAUACUGGAGACGAUUUCUGCCGAAGGACCUGUGCUUCCGGACAAAGUGCGUUAUUGCGAGAGAUUUCUGGAGCUGGUCAUCGACCUCGAGGCUUUACUUCCCACUAGACGUUUCUUCAAUACUGUCAUGGAUGACAAUCACCUGGUGGUGCGCUGCCAGUUAUCGAAUCUGCUGCAUCGGCCAGAGGGAAGUCUGUUCGGACAGCUCCUGGAAAUGCUGAAAUUCUACGCCCGGUUCGAGAUCAGCGAGGAGACCGGCAAUCCCUUGACGGAUCACGACAUGACAGAGUUGCAUUACACUAAAAUUACGUCUCUUCAGAAUGCGGUCUUUGCGAAAUUCCCGGAUCUGAGAAGCUUUGCAUUAGCCAACGUAGCCAGUGUCGACAUCAGAGAUGCUUUGUACAAACAUUUUGGUUCGCUCAGUCAAGAAAAAUUAAGGUCUAUCGCGAGUUACUUGAAUUUAGUACCGCCGGUGGAGCGAGAAAAGGACGAGAAUUGGUACCGCCUGGACAUAGAAUUUUUGCGCGAAUUGCUGAUUUCGCGACACGAGCGUAGGCCGUCGCAGCUUGAAGAGCUGAAUGAGAUGCCCCUCUACCCGACCGAGGACAUCAUCUGGAACGAGAGCAUCGUCCCGACCGAAUAUUUUUCUGGCGAGGGCUGUCUGGCUCUGCCAAAACUGAAUCUCCAGUUUCUCACGUUGCACGAUUACCUGCUACGGAACUUCAAUCUAUUCCGCUUGGAGUCCACAUAUGAGAUACGACAAGACAUCGAGGAUGCCGUGAGCAGACUGAGUCCUUGGCGGGCGGAGGACGGCGGUGUCUACUUCGGCGGAUGGGCCAGAAUGGCUCAGCCUAUCACGCAAUUCGCGGUGGUCGAGGUGGCCAAACCUAACGUCGGCGAGAACAGGCCGUCGAGAGUCCGUGCCGACGUGACGAUAAAUCUCAGCGUUCGCAAGGAGAUUAAAUCCGAGUGGGAGAAUCUUCGUAAGCACGACGUGUGCUUUCUCAUCACAGUCAAGCCGCCGAAUCCUAUCGGCACUAAAUACAGUCAUAAGCUCCCCUUCGUGCCGCAAGUGGGUCUCACUACGGUGCGAGGAUGCGAAGUCGAGGGUAUGCUCGACUCGAACGGCAGAGUGAUAGAGGAUGGCCCUGAGCCGAGGCCGAUUCUGCCGGGCGAUUCGCGCACCUAUAGAGUAUGGCUGGACUGCAAUCAAUACCGGAUCGAUAUGGACAACGCUAGCCAUGGCGGUGAGGAUGUGUACGAGGGAUUUAAUAUCAUAAUGAGGCGUAAACCUAAGGAGAAUAACUUUAAAGCCGUGUUAGAGACUAUAAGGGAGCUCAUGAAUACUGAAUGCGUCGUGCCCGACUGGUUGCACGACAUAAUCCUCGGAUACGGCGAUCCGGGUGCAGCAUGCUAUUCUAGAAUGCCGGAUGAAAUCGCGACGAUAGACUUCAACGAUACAUUCCUCGAUAUCGAUCACCUACGAGCCAGUUUUCCUCCGUACGAGACCAGAACGAAUGCGGAGGACGAAGGAAACCUGGUGCGGCCGUUUCAGCUAACCUUCGAGGACGUUUUCGCGAAGCGCAACGACGAACCGAUCAAGAAGAUUAUUACAGUUAAGCCGCACGUGCCGCCCAGUAGAGGUCCAUACAGAGCGAACGAACCGAAAAAAAAUCAGAUCCCCUUUACGCCGACGCAGGUCGAGGCUAUACGAGCUGGAAUGCAGCCAGGUCUGACGCUGGUCGUCGGCCCGCCCGGUACCGGCAAAACGGACGUCGCCGUGCAGAUCAUCUCGAAUCUGUAUCACAAUUUUCCCAAUCAGAGAACGCUGAUCGUGACGCACUCGAAUCAAGCGCUCAAUCAGCUGUUCGAGAAGAUAAUGGCCCUCGAUAUCGACGAGCGGCACCUGCUGCGUCUCGGUCACGGAGAGGAGGCUCUGGAGACGGAGAAGGACUUCAGCCGCUAUGGUAGGGUCAAUUACGUACUCGCCAAGCGUUUGGAUCUGCUCUUGGAAGUUCAGAGAUUACAGGAAUCCCUUAAUGUAAAGGGCGAUGUCGCGUACACGUGCGAAACGGCGGGUUACUUCUUCAUGUAUCAAGUGUCCACGAGGUGGGACCGUUUUCAGGCCAGAGUCAAGCAGAGGCAGCAGACAAGCGAGAAGUCCGACUUAUCUUCCAUAGUCGACGAGGAGUUUCCCUUCCACAAGUUCUUCGACAACGCCCCGCAGCCGCUUUUCAAGCGGAAUUCGUACGACGAAGACCUCAAGAUCGCGUGCAGUUGUUUCAGAUACAUUGAGAGGAUAUUCACGCAGUUGGAGGAGUUCCGCGCUUUCGAAUUGCUGCGGUCGGGUCUCGACAGGUCGAAGUACCUGCUCGUGAAAGAAGCCAAGGUGAUUGCUAUGACCUGCACGCACGCGGCGCUCAAACGUCGCGAGCUUGUCGACAUGGGCUUCAAAUACGACAAUAUCCUCAUGGAGGAGUCCGCGCAGAUCUUGGAGAUAGAAACUUUCAUACCGUUGCUGCUACAGAAUCCCCAGGACGGGUACAAUCGUCUGAAACGUUGGAUAAUGAUAGGGGAUCAUCAUCAGCUGCCGCCGGUCAUCAAGAACAUGGCCUUCCAGAAGUACUCGAACAUGGAGCAAUCGCUGUUCGCGAGAUUCGUCAGACUGGGCGUACCGACGGUCGAUCUCGAUGGCCAGGGUCGCGCCCGGCCCAGCAUUUGCAAUCUCUACAACUGGCGUUACAAGAAACUGGGCAAUCUCGCGCACGUGGAGCGCAGUCCCGAGUACCUCGUGGCGAACGCCGGUUUCCUGUACGACUUCCAACUGGUGAACGUCGAGGACUUCAACGGCGUCGGCGAGAGCGAGCCUAGCGCCUACUUCUAUCAGAAUCUCGCUGAAGCCGAGUACUGCGUCGCGGUGUUCAUGUACAUGCGCCUGUUGGGAUACCCGGCGGACAGGAUCAGCAUCCUGACCACGUAUAACGGCCAGAAGCAUCUGAUCAGAGACGUGAUAAACAUCCGGUGCGCGAACAACCCUCUGAUAGGCCGGCCGAACAAGGUGACGACCGUUGACAAGUACCAGGGUCAGCAAAACGACUACAUCCUGCUGUCUCUGGUGAAGACGCGCGCGGUUGGUCACCUGAGGGACGCGAGGCGUCUAGUGGUGGCGAUGUCACGCGCCCGUCUCGGCCUCUACGUCUUCGCUCGCGUGUCCCUCUUCAAGAAUUGUUUCGAGCUGACACCGGCGUUCGAUCAGUUGAUGCAGAGACCGUUGAAGCUGCAAUUACUGCCGCAGGAACUUUAUCCCACCGAGCGACCGAACGACGCCGUACCCUCGACAGCUCCGAUGGAGAUCGAGGAUAUGCCGCACAUGGCCAAAUUCGUUUAUGACUAUUACAUGGAGAAGGUCAGCGGAAUGAAGGGGUCGCAAAAGAUGUGGCAGAAGCCGGGAACCAUGCAGACAAUGGGCAGUCCGACGCAUAAGGUUUCCGCGCAUCCGGGUGCCGACGACGAUACCGACGACGAAGAGGAGCUCGGCCAAGACAACGCUGAAACGAAAGAGUCCAAGGAAGAGGUGCCGCAGAACAAAUACGAGCCUAUAAAGAAUUUGGUCGAAGAUCCCCCGAGCGAGGCCGAAGACGACCGCUGAGUGGAUCACGCACUGGCUGUAUCUAUGCGCAAGACUGAUCUAUGCAAGACAUUAGGAGGCCGAAUCGUGUCGGAAGUGGAAUAGUUGAUUUUAUAGCAUGGAAAUAAAACGGUUAGUUUUUCACGGUCGCUCCAGUUUCCAAGUGUCCCGAGUUACAUCGUAAACGAUCAAUCUAUCGAUUGUACAUCGUUGUACUUAGCAAGAAUAAGUAUUUUAUUAUGAAUAUCGCUAUACAGUAAUGUAAUAUAUGAAGUCUUAUAUAUCGUAUUAAGAGAAAGACUA